AUGGAUUCUUGGAGCAAGACCAUGUUUGUGUGCGAAACAGCAAGUCGAGCCGAGCCACGUUCAACAAAGAUCAGCUUGACGGACAACCGCAUUUGUUUAAUCCACCCUCCCUGGAAUGUCUCCUGCCGCAAUCGGAAUAUCCCAACGAACGCUUCGCAAGCCACCGCCAGCGCCUCUCACCCUGACCGCAAAAAUGCCUCCCUCCCCUGCCGUCCUCGAUACUUAACGCCGCCUUAUCUCGAGGCCGAUACGCUGCAUGGCGGCGAGGUGGGCGGGGAGGCGAGAGCCAGACAAGACGACGAAGGCCGACGCGAAGAUGACGGCGAGUGGAGCGGGACAAAUUUUCAACCCGCUUUCGAACUUUACGUCUGGAAUCCCGAGGCCUCACCGUUAUUCUCCCUCCCCGUCACCUUCCGCACCUGCUUGGAAUUACUUCACAACGCUCUGUACUGGUCCUUUGGAAUGCGUUCACAUGGAAUCAUCAGGCCUCAGUCGCCUACGAAAGACGAAAUGGCGCUAAUGCGCGGCUAUGGUGGUCAAUCCUACGAGCCUCCAGAUCCCGUCGAAAAACGAGCACGCAAGGACUUCCUCGCAAUUCGCAGUCCAGAUCUCGACGGCAAUAUCCUUCAAGCUUACGACGACCUUUUACAGGCAUACUGA